AUGUCUGACGAUUUCGACGACGAGCUCCUCGCCCUCGCUGGCGGCGACGAGGAGAUCGACAUCGAGGAAGGCGAAGCCUCAUCAGUAGCCGCCUCAUCGCCCAACUCGCUUGGCUCCGGCGACAUGGACGAGUCGGACUCGGACCGCGAUGACGAACCCCCUGCGCGCGACUCGGGCGUGCUGUACCCGCUCGAAGGCCAAUUCAUCGAUCUGAGGGACAAGCAGAGGAUCAUGAGCAUGUCGCAGCUCGAGCGCGAGGAGAUCCUGGGCCAGCGAGCCGAGGAGAUCAGCAGGACCAACUUCCAGGCUGAGCUGCAGAAGCGCGCCGCCAUGAACAACAAGAAGCGGAAGGCUGAUUCGGAAGAACCUGAGGAUUCUCGCAAGAGUAGCAGGCAGGUGAAGCCGAAGAGGAACGCCGCACUCGAUGCAUACACAGCUGCCCGCGAGCAGAAAGGCCAGCAACGGCAGCGCGCAGACGACAGCCGCAAUGACCGUCGGCGGUCAGAUUCUCUUGGCAGAGACGGCGGCUCAGAUGUCGAUGCCGAGGGCGAGGAGGAUGUCGACUGGGACAACGAGCGAAAGCCCGCUGUCCGUGAGGAUCUCCCUGUCACGCUGAGGGAUGUCGAAUCCAUUCGCAUUGGACGAGGCUUCUUUUCCAAGGUCUGUUUCUGGCCUGGCUUUGAUGAGGCUAUGAACGGCGCCUUCGGUCGCAUAGGUAUUGGACAAGACAAGGGCAGGACUGUCUACAGGAUGGCACAGAUCAAGGGCUUCCAAGCAGGCAAACCGUACGUCUUCGACGGCAAGGACGGCCAGCGCAUCGCAACAGACCAAUACGUCAUCUGCAAGCACGGCUCAACCCAAAAAGAGUACCCCUUCCAAUACCUCUCCAACCAGCGCUUCACCGACGCCGACUUCGACGCCUACCGCCACGCCCUCUCAGAAGCUGGCACAAAGCUCCCUACGCAAUCCUACGUCACCCGCAAAAUCGACGAGAUCAAGGCCUUUGACAACCGCUUCUGGACCGACGACGACAUCAACGCCCGCAUCCAGAAGUCCAACAAGUACGCACAUUUGCUCCACCGCGACCGUGGGGAGGAGGCCGCGCCAAGGAUCCCUACCCAGUCCGAAGCCGCCGCCAAUCGCCUCGCCGAACUCAACCGCAAGAACCGUGAGGCCGAGCGUGAACGUAUUCGCGUGCUGCAGCUCGAAGAACGCAAGGAGAAGAUGAAGGCGCGGAAGCGGGCCGAGGACGACGCACGGCGGAAGAAGGCCGAAGAGGAGAAGCGCAAGGCAGAAGAGGAACGGAAGAAUCUUCUUUCCGUCGACGACCUGUUUGACGGGGGCAGCUCGAGGGCGAGCAGCGUCGCCAAGGAGGAGACGCCGAAGCCCGAGGGCGAGGCCAAGAAGAAGGAGAAGAGUGAGCGCAAGGGACUGCCCACAUUUAGGAAGCCGAAGAUGGACGACGAUAUCAUUGCGUCCAUGGACAUUGGGCUUGACAUCGAGAUCUGA